AUGACUAAACCAGAUUCUGUUGCACUCAAAAUUUAUCUUGUACAUUCAUCAAAUCAAGGAAAGCUUGUGCUCUCAUUUGACACUGCUGCACUCGCCUCGGAGGGAUCAAAUACGACCCUUAUUUGCCAGGAUACAGACAGCAAGCUGCUAACAAACCUAACAUGGUCAUUUCAAAGAACUUCGGGUGAUUUCGUUUUGGUUGAAAAUGGUCUCCUGGCCCCUGGUGUCAGUGGAGAUAAAUACAAGCUAUCAAAUUCAACAACUAAGCUGCAGAUUAAUCAGCUUGGCGUCAAUGACAUUGGAAACUACACUUGUUGCAUGAGAGGAAAACAGGGGGAGACUAUUCUGAGUGCUACGAUUUUCUUGACCGUGGAAGCUUUGCCCAGAAAUGGCCAACCCGCAAAUAAUCUAAGUUCCAUGACUACAGUGCCUUCCGCAAGCGCUUCAAAUCCCUCGAGUACUACACAUCCCUCGAAUGCAUCGAAUCCCGCAAGCGCACUUUAUCCUACGAGUGUGGGACAUUCCGGAGGUAUAUCAACCUUGUCGAAAGGAGAAGUUAAAGCACCUUUGGAAAAACUUCAACCAUCACAUAGUGCAGCUUCUACUUCACCAACUAUAUUGCAUGGAACAACAUCUCAUCCUGUUUUGUCAGCUUUGUCGAAAAAUCCUGAUAGAAUUAUGGUAGCAAGUCAGGGUUGUGGAAACUUCAGUGACGACACAGGUAUUAUAGUGAUGGUCAAUUUUAGCAACUGA